AUGGUAUCUUUCGACUUCAUGCAAAACCUUCCGACGCCAAAUCUAACUCACAACGAUGUGUUAAAAUACAAACGCCGGCUCUGGAUUUACGCCUUUGGAAUACAUGACAUGGUGGUAGACCGUGGGUAUAUGUACAUGUAGGACAAGACCGUAGCAAAGCGUGGAUCAUCGGAGGUGGCCUCCUGCCUUAGGCACUUCUUUGAAACCUAUUGGACAGGGGCAAAAUGUUUGGUGUCUUAUUCAGACGGUUGUGGAGGGCAGAACAAAAAUUUGACGGUCCUCGGUCUUUACAGUGAGCUACAUCAACAAGGGGUUUAUGAUAUCCUAGAUCAUAAAUUCUUAACAAGAUGGCAUACCUUUCUGAGAAACGAUUCAGAUUUUGCCCAAAUUGAGAAAAGAAAAUCCGGUGCCGUGGCAUAUUUGCCCAGUGAUUGGUGUAAGGUUGUGGAAGAGGCAAACCAGCGGGUGGUACGGAUGGAACAAAGGCUGUUCUUUAAUUAUAAACAACAAAUAGAGGGUAAGUAUACGAACCACCCAUUGUGACCGGCAGUUCAACUUUUAGAGACGUACAUUAAUGGCUAAACUUUUGUUGGGGUUUAGAAUCAAAUCCAUCCCUGAACGGGUCAGUGUUUAUUCAUCACCCCAACGAAGUGUGGAUGAGAGAUACCUAUUGUGUGUGGGAAUCGUGGAGGAAAGUAAAAAUAUGGAAGGAGAGGGUUGGGGACGUUUCUCUGGAGCAGCUGUACCAUGAGCCUAUCGUACCAUUGGCCCAAAAGGUACGUGACUUGAAAGAGAUGGCUCUUACCCACGUACCUUCACCACAACGAGACAUUUACUUAAACUUGGCAAACUCCUACAAUGGCUCUGACACAGACAAUCAAGACAGCGAAACUUAAGUGUCAAAAAAAAAGAAAAUUUCUAUGACGAAGUCGUCUGUGAAGGGAGUAACAGUGGUUAUGUAAUAAAGCCAAAAAAUCCCUGUAAAACGACAAGCAGACACCGAAACACAGUGGAAUACAUCGCAGGUAAGUCUUUUUUAUUCAUUUUAUUGAAGGAAUAAUUAGAUUUAACAUUAUUUAGCAUUCGAAGAUCUCAGUAUUUAUUUCUUAAUCAAAGUCUCUUAUUUUCAACGGUCGCCUGUAAUGAGACACCAGCGCGUCCAGCAGAAAGGUCAUGCAUCACC